AUGUAAAUGAAUAUUUUGUGAAAUAAAAACAUAUUGUUGCAUUUUGAUUUGCAGAUUGUUCAAUUGGAAUUCAUUACAUAUUCCUAAAAAAGUUCUACUGGAUAACAACAUCUGAAGCUUUAACUAUCGACCCACAGAAUGUUAGGAUUACAGCGCUUUGCCGGUGGUGUGACCGCACAGCUGUUUCGUCGUGUACAAUACGCAACGUACAGCACGUCAGUUCGUGGUGCCGGUGCAACAGCGACAGCGGCUACACAAAAACAAGGUGAAAUUUCCGCAUCAGAUUCUGCCGAAAAGGAUGUAGUUCAGCCGACCAAUGGUGAUUCAGAAAUAAAUGCUAAAAAAUCUAAAAGUUCCUUGGUAGCUGCAGCUUUUGAAUCAUUAAAAGAAGACAGUACCUCAGAAAAUAAAGCCGCUGGUUCCAAGACAACUAGCAAUCUAGACGAACGGAUUCUCAAAGCAAAAACAGUGAACGGUUUGCUGUCUAUAACUGAGGCGAGUGGGCCACUCUCUCGUAAACAUGCGCUUAAAAUUGUCUCCAUAUUAGCUGAAUGGAGUACAAAAAAUCGUGCAAAGAUUAAUGAGUUUGAAAAUGAUGCACGAUUUUUAAGAGUUUGCCGUGUUUUGGGACGCAAUGUUGGCAAAGGCAAUAAUUCUGGUGGAGCUGCACAAGAAGAUGAUCGUCCUAAACGUAUAUCAGGAUUUCGGACCGAUGAUCUUAAUACAGUUUUAGGUGUAGCAGGCGAUGAUGAAGCUGCAAAACUGAUUGCCAGCAUUAGUUUACCACAAAUGGUCAAGGUGAUGAGUACAUUAGCUCAACGAAAACGACGCAGCACUCCGCUACUGCGUUCACUUGCCUUCAAUAUUAGUAGUUCAACAGAACAGCUAGAUUUAAAGCAAUCCGCAGAUAUACUGUACGCAAUGGCAUGUUUAAAUUUUCAAGAUUCGGUUUUGGCAGCAAAAAUAUGUGCGGAUAUACAAGUUAUGUUGCCAAAAAAUACAGAAAAAUCAGCUGUAGUUGGUUCAAUCCUAACUAGUUUGGGUAUAUUGAAGUAUCGUGAUUUAGAUAUUAUGGAGGCUCUAACGCAAUGGACAAUGAAAAAUUCGGAAAUAUGUCGGCCACAAGAUAUAAGUGCUUUAUUUAUUACAUCAGCAAUAUUAAACUUUAGGAGCGCUAUUAUAGACGAUGUUAGUAAGAAAUUAGCCACAUCUAUUGUGGGUGCUGAUUUUCAAAAGAGCCAUGAUUGGUUAAAUCACGUCUGGUCGCUGGCCAUGUUGGGUUUGGUGAAUCACGCCCAAUUGAAGACUGUUUUGAGUGUCAAAUUUCUUCAGAAGCUUGAAACGGAGCGAAAUGGUCUCGCGCCAACAAUCAAAAUGAAAUUAUUAAAUUUGAAUGGAUAUGCGCAAUUAUUAGCUAACGAUUAUAAAGGUUCUCUCUUACCCGCCGAUAGUUCAGCGUUUAAUGUACCGAUUGCGCAUUCAAAAUCCAAACAGAUUUUGGUUAAUGGAAUGUUAGAUGCGUUGAAGAGCUUACUGCCGGCCAGUAACCAUCUUAAAAGCUUACAUGACAGCAAAAUGGGUUUUCUAAUUGAUGCAUUUUGCUUAUUCGAUAACAAACGAAAUCCGUUGCCCGUAGAUAAGGAAAACGCUGAUGCUAUCAAGGUUGCAUUAAUGGUUGUCGAUUUCCAUGAUGUCUGUCAUGGCACACAUCGCUCAGCAAGUGGCAUAACAAACCUUAGCUUUGAUUUGUUGGAGAAAAGUGGCUACAAAGUCAUACCAGUGCCCUACAACGAGUUCAAUACUAGCGACAAAUUGCUGAAACGAGUGCAGUAUUUGGAAGCGAAAUUCAAAGCGAUAAUCAGUAGUAAAGCUUAAUUUUUCUGUUAACAGUCUUUAAGGCAUUAGAAAGGAUAAUUGUUAACUUUAUGAUCAAUAUUUCGAUAGCUAUAUUGCUACGACUAGUUUCAUUUGACCUCUUCACCAAUUCGCUAUAAGUUUUACGCUUAUUAAGAAUGCUACUUUGUCGUACCAAAGGAAAGAAAUGUAAAUUUUAUUUAGAAAAUCAAAUAAAAUGUUAUUUUUAAAAACAA